CAUUUUGUCGACGCGUACGGUCCCGGUUAGUCGACGCCGGUGCGGAACAGUAUAAUUCUCAUUUGCUGCGAGUUCGCGCGCGGGAGGUCCAGUGGCUGUCCUUCGGCGGCGUUCGGUGCUCGUCACUUUAACGAAAGCUAGAGCACACCGGUGCCGGCUAGUUGCGCGCGCGCGCGUGUGUGCAAGGAAAGUACAAAGAGGAUCCUCGGCAAUCCUUUCCGGCGUAUUUACUCGCGACGGUCUCAGCGUAGGUUUUCGCCGCACACGUUGUCGACAAAGGCGUAAAAACCGACUCUGCUUCAUCCGAACGCCCGUAAACGGGAGUUGCACGGCAAGAUGGCGGAGCUGCAGGGCACCCCGGUGGCACAGGACGCCCUGGCCGUGGCACAGCUCGAGCUUGAGGGGAAUCCGAAUGCUUUGGCGCUGCGCAGGCCGUUCGACCCGGUGGCGCAUGAUCUCGAUGCGUCCUUCCGUCUGACGCGAUUCGCCGAUCUGAAAGGAUGAGGGUGUAAAGUCCCUCAGGAGGUUCUCUGUAAGCUCCUCGAGGGACUUCAGACCGACGACGCGUCCGCACAGGACCACGAGCAUGCCCACUUUAUGCAUAUGGCCAUUCCGCGCAUCGGCAUUGGAAUGGAUUCCUCCGUGACUCCGCUAAGACAUGGUGGGCUUAGCCUGGUGCAGACUACAGAUUUCUUUUAUCCAUUAGUCGAUGAUCCCUACAUGAUGGGUAAAAUCGCGUGCACCAAUGUCCUUAGUGAUUUGUAUGCAAUGGGUGUUACGGACUGUGACAACAUGUUGAUGCUGCUGAGUGUCAGCACUAAGAUGACUGAGAAAGAGCGCGAUGUUGUUGUACCACUGAUUAUGAGAGGGUUUAAGGAUUCUGCUCUAGACGCGGGUACUACGGUAACGGGUGGCCAGACAGUCGUCAAUCCCUGGUGCACCAUCGGUGGAGUUGCUACUACCGUUUGUCAACCAAAUGAGUAUAUUGUGCCAGAUAAUGCUGUAGUUGGAGAUGUAUUAGUUCUGACAAAACCCCUUGGUACACAAGUUGCCGUCAAUGCACAUCAGUGGCUUGAUCAACCUGACCGUUGGAACAGAAUCAAACUUGUAGUAAGUGAAGAAGAUGUACGAAAAGGUUAUCAACGUGCAAUGGACAGUAUGGCUAGGCUGAACAGAACAGCUGCUAGAUUGAUGCAUAAAUAUAACGCACACGGAGCUACGGACGUCACCGGUUUCGGCCUUUUGGGACACGCUCAAAAUCUCGCGAAACAUCAAAAGAAUGAAGUUUCCUUUGUUAUCCAUAAUCUCCCUGUUAUCUCCAAAAUGGCUGCGGUAGCCAAGGCAUGCGGGAACAUGUUCCAGUUAUUGCAAGGCCAUUCAGCCGAGACUAGUGGCGGGUUACUCAUUUGCCUUCCUCGAGAACAGGCUGCAGCGUAUUGUAAAGACAUCGAAAAACAAGAAGGUUAUCAAGCGUGGAUUAUUGGCAUUGUUGAAAAAGGCCUUCGUACGGCUAGAAUAAUCGAUAAGCCGCGAGUAAUUGAAGUUCCAGCUAAGGAAAAGGACGGUGAGCUUUGGUAAAGAGAAAAGGACCCAGGAAUAUCCCACAUUUUCCUCCUUAAUUAUACAAUAUACGUUCUUCAUAUAUUUCAAAAAUAGCACACCUACACAUUUGACAGCGCUUUUACGUGCACCGCUGAUGAGAAAAGAGUUAUUUAGUACCUAUAUCUGCAUCCUCCCUCGUGGAAAAAGAUCACAAUUUAAAUGGUAUUAAGAUAUCGAUUAUUAAAUCACAAAAUUUAAAAGCAAAGUUGCUGUGUGGAUCUAUCUACUAUAAUAAAAGACGGUUUUUGUGAUUUAGUAAUAAUCAAACUUGUUAAUAAUACCACAUAAUGUUUAUUCGACGUAUUUUUAUCUGUAUCUUAUAGAGAGAAUCUAUUCCAUUUUUUUUGUUUUCUUUUCUUAUUGAUAGUAUAUAAAGCUAAUUGUGCAGAUUUAAAGAAAUUUAUACUUUUCUUGUACCAAGUGAAGGUAAAAAAAUGAUAAAUUUCAUAUUUUUAAGAUUAAGGUAGCACUAAGUUUUCAGACUAAAAUAGCUUCAAAGCCCAACUGCAACCCAGAUAAACAUUCAAAUAGCAAUGAAUAUAUUAUAUACAUAGAUAUAUAUAUCGGGUGGCGAAUUUGGGUGCUCGAUGUUAAUGGUGUUUUUAGAGAUACUGAUCGACGAUUGCAGAGAUUUAGGAGAUAUAUUUUACAAGAUGCAAAAUACAAAUUGACUGGGUAGUAUACAUUAUUUUAUGUAGUAAACAAGUAACUAUAUAAAACAAAAUUACUUUUGCAGAGAAAGAUAUUGUUAAAUAAGUAGUGUAUACACUGAAUGUAAUAGCAACUUACAAUCCUCGCAUUUCGAUGGGACAUGAUCUAAAAGUCUUAAGUAGAGCACCAUACGCAUACAGAGACAUGAAGUCCAAAAAAAAAUAAUGGCCUUUUAAUUAUCUUCUAUUCAUACACUUUGAAUAAAAUUCAAAGAAAGAAAUCAAGCACAGGGCCCUAACGUUGUAUUACUUUUUCAUAUGAAUAAAGUGCUACUUUGUCAAUAAAAUUAA